AAGUUGAAUGAGGAAGUCUUGAGUUGCGCGUCAUUUGCGUGUCAAAGAAACCAGGCGGGAGGGUAAGAGAACACAGUACUGAAGUACGAGCGACAGGAAAAAAAGUAGUGGAAAAGUUAGCCUCGCUCCUGGCAAAGGAGAGCGAACUUCAUGUCUUCUCAUCCGCUGGAACAGCCCAUUAGCGCGCCAGGAAAUCAGACUUCUCCCAGUAAUGGGAACCCUGGGCAUAUUGCAUUUGUACUUGUUCCAGUGUUUUUUGUAAUGGGUCUUUUGGGAAUCUUCAUUUGUCAUGUGUUGAAGAAAAAAGGAUAUCGCUGCACAACAGAUGCUGAGUCAGAGGAAAAAAUCCAAGAGGAAAAGGCUGUUAGCUUUGAGCCAAAUGAUACUUUGAAUGACAGUAAUACUGACACAGUGGGACACAUUGUGCACUUCAUCAUGAAAAAUGAAGCUAAUUCUGAAGCCUUAAAAGCUAUGGUCCUUGACACCAGCAUAGAUCCCGAAAGCCCGACAUCCCCAGCUACUCCUGGUACACCAAUUAGUCCUACAACCCCAGUAACUCCCAGUCCUGGAGUCAGCCCUACUAAGCAUACUUGUCAUGGGAAUCACCUACAUACAGUUGGAGGAGUUGCAGAGAGAAAUGUGUGCUCGCGCUGCAGCCAUAAACGGUGGGGUAUAGUGAAACCAAUCACAAGAACUAAGGAGCCUAAAAAGAGCCGUCCUGGGGAGGUUACACUACUUACUGUUGGGAGAUUCAGAGUCACAAAAGCAGAUCAGAAGUCACACCCAAAGGAACGGAAAAUUUUGCUUUCUGAAUCAGAGGAUGCAAAAGCAGCUACAAAUGGAGAAGUUCCAGGAUCACCAGCAAAAGUUGAGCCAAACAGCAGAAGUGCGUCAGAGUCGCAGGAGUUCACAGCACCAGAACAGUGACUUCCUUUUCAGGAUUUAUUUCACUACUAAGAAGAUGACCUUUCUUUUCAGAGAUGAAGGAAAUGGACACAAGCCUAUAUUAAAAAAAAAAAUAAAGCCCUUAAGUAAAUUUCUGUAAAUUGCUAUCUUUUUUUUUAUUACUGGCAAGCAUUUUCUGCUUGAGAAGACACUUCUGAAGACUAAUUCAGCCAUACCGAUAAAGGAAACAACUGUCUAUCAUCAGAUAAAUACUAUGCAUUUUAAGGAUACAGACUAAGCACCAAAGAACGGUGAGCAUGUUUUAGUGCUCAAAUUCGGAGAUUCUGCGCUCUUGAUGCCAUUACACUGCGUAAUGCUGAAGAUGUGCAAUAUCAUGUGCAGAGAUGAUCCAUGCCAUGUAUUAUUUUAAACUGUCUGUCUGUUCAGUAAUAACAUGGUUUUCAUCAGUGUGCUAAUAUACAAACAUGAACUGGGAUUAAAAAGAUGUUACUUAAUGCCAAACUAUAACUUGUAUUGUCUUUAUUAUUGUUUCAAGCCACCUGCCAAACCUGCAUUCAUCCAGUGUUGCCACUUAGUUUGCUGCCUUGACCAGCAGCCAAAUCUUGUGAACUUGAACUGGGAGAAUAUUGAAAAGUUAUUUUUUAUGAUUUGGUAAUAUUAACAGAAAUUAUUGUCAAUUAUUAAGUAACUGUUUCAGAAUUAUUUAAGUAAAUAAAUAUGUGUAUUUAUGAAAUAUGUUUUUGCUUCCUCUGUCCAAAAUAUUUUUCCACUACUUAUUUUAUAAUCCUAAAUUAAUUGGAGCAGUUUAAUCUUUUUCCUCUAAACCUCAUCUUGCCUUUGUUUACUUUAAGUCUUACUGCUUUUUAUCUUAUUCACUAAAUUGAAUAAAUUGUCUGAAAGCAAAAUGCUUUCAUAUAAGUUCUCUAUUCUGUAUAAAGUGUUUUUUUUCCUAGGGUGUUUAAUAAAUAUUUACAGUUUUAAAGAGUUUACAUAUUGUAUGUGAUACAGUCAGCAUGGGUAGAUGUGUAAUUAUAGAUUUGUCUUAUUGUAUGUAUUUUUGCUGUUACUAGAAUUAAAUUUUUAUAUUUCAAAUAAAAUGCAUUUUAACAGGCUUUCUUUAGCACUUUCCUAUCAGUAUACUUUAUAUUACUCAAAUAUUUUGUAUAAAGAUGCAUAUUUUUAUUUCUGUCUGUUUGAAAGAAAAUCUGAAACAUUAGGUUAACAUUAUAUAAGAACAUUUCUGUAAUAUUUGUUUGGCAGCUCUUUGGCAGUGGUGGUAUUUUGUCUUUUACUGUAAUAACAUUUAUCACGAAAUUUUUCUGUUCCAAAUAAUAUACAUUUAUAAAUGAAAAAAACAUAGUCAAAUGUAUUUUAAUUUGUUUACAUAUAAUGUGUUUUUUUUUUGCCUUGAAUUAAUUAAAAGGCCCCAUACCCCCUUCCA